AUGUCGAAAUUAGGAAAGUGUCGUCAUAUUACCCGCUGCAUCUCAUCUCCACGCCCCGUCAAUCCGCCCAUCAAGACCACCAAAGAGCCAAUUAUCGCGGCCUCGAUCUGGUCCGAGAGUACACGUACACGUACACGCACACGCACAUGUGCUAGUCAAGGCAAGAUGUUCAGGAUCCAGACGCUGAACGGGGUGACGAUCAACGAGUCCGAGAACGCAAACAUCUCGCUGCCGCAGCGGCGCGGGUCUGCGUUUGAAGCGGCCGAGCGGGAUCGGAUUAUGGCGCGGGAGCGGAUGAGGCGGUUGAGGCAGAAGAGGAAGGAGGAGGGGAAUGCUAACAGGAGUUAUGAAGCACUACUUCUCUCAUCGCUGAAAAAGAUAUCUCCAACAAACGCCGCGCUCCUGACCGCGACCCCAAAACGCACACCCUCGGCGCGAAGCGGUGGCAAGACGACCUCGACGUGGAAGACGUAUUUCACAGCAGACGAAGUGGCCAAGCUGCUCGAGCUGGGCGAUAAAGGCUGGGAGUGGGGACGCAUCGCGUUGUUGCUCGACGGGCUCAAGUCCGCGGAGGAGGUGAGGAGGAAGUAUGAGGAGAUUAGGGGGUAUAGUCGGAUAUGAAAUAGUGUGGGGG